AUGAUGGCGAAUCCUUGGAAUAACAAUACCUGGCCGAUGCUAACCGCCGGCGAUGGCAAAUCGACCUCAUCCAAACACAAUCUCAGUCCCGAAAAUCUGAUCCAGCUUCACAGCUCCGAUAAUCCAGGGAUGAUACUCGUAUCACAUCCGCUGACAGCAAACAAUUAUCUUCCAUGGCGCAAAUCGAUGAUAAUCGCACUAGGAGCCAAAUCGAAGCUAGGAUUCAUCGACGGUAAGAUCUCAGAACCUGAUGAAAACGAUGAAAACUAUGAUGCUUGGAAGAAAACAGAUUAUAUGAUCAUUUCCUAG